CGUAGGCGUUGCAGAAUGAGAAGGGCCCUCUUAGAGACAUCACGAUGUUCUGAGGCCAGAUUGUGUCAGAGACGGAGGGAGAGAGAGAGAGAGAGAGAGAGAGGAAUGGGACAUCACCACACAUGCUGCAACAGACAGAAAGUGAAGAGGGGUUUGUGGUCGCCUGAGGAAGAUGAGAAGCUCAUGAACUACAUUUCCACCUUCGGCCAUGGCUGCUGGAGCUCAGUCCCUAGGCUUGCUGGGCUUCGGAGAUGUGGGAAGAGCUGCAGAUUGAGGUGGAUAAAUUAUCUGAGGCCUGAUCUCAAGAGAGGGAGUUUUUCAAGACAGGAAGCAACUAUCAUUGUUGAGCUUCACAAAGUACUAGGAAACAAGUGGGCACAGAUUGCUAAGCAUCUGCCAGGAAGAACAGACAAUGAAGUGAAGAAUUUCUGGAACUCCAGCGUGAAGAAAAAGUUCGUGAGUGCCAAUGCAAAUCAUCACAGUUUGUCUGAAAACGUGAAUCUUGGCGGCGGCGGCAGCAGCUCCUCUGAAACAUCAAUCUUGAUGAACAAUUUCAUCCCAAAUCGCAGAAUCCCAUUAAUCCAACCCUUCCAAUCAUACCCCCUAAUGCAGCCUUUCUCUCUCGCUCCUCAAAGCUUCCCCUACCUUAAUUCACUUUUGAUGGCCGGGGAUCUCCAACCUCCAUCUUGCAACAACUGUCCUAUCUUUGACAUUAAUUCCGCAUCUGCGCAGCCACCGUUUUUUGAGGAUAUUGCUGGGAUCGAUGCCAGUUUCAUGGCGGCGCCGCCGAGCCCCUUGCGCUACCUUGACGCCCUCGUGGCAGAGCUCGAAUCGCCCAUUCCGGACUCCGACACCUCCUCCGCCGCCUCGAGCUGCAGCGGCGGCGGCUCUUUCUUUGAUGAUGCUGCUUUUGUCUCCUUCUGGGGUGCUCAGCCAUGACGAUAUAUAUAUAUAUGUGUGUUUGGUUUUUUGGGUGGUUAAUGUAUUAAUGGAGUGUGUAUGAUCAGUGAAGAACCUUAAACUUUCUAGUUUUGUAUUUCGAUCUUUUUCGCUAAUAAAUGUUCAUAAAUAUAUGUAAGAA